CUCAGCACACAGGAGGCAGCGGAUGGAUCCAAUAAAAACGCAGUAGGACACUUCCGACGCGCAUUUUUGUUGUUCGUGAAGAAGCGAGUGAACUGUCAUCGAAAGCAGCGCGUAAUUUGGCACACUUUACGCUCUUUAUCCGCUACGUCGCCUGCGUAAUUACGCAUCACCAAGCGGCGCACAAGGACCUCGCUCGUUUUCCGGCCACACUGCAAAAAACACGUCCACCCCUACUCAUCCCUUUUCUACAUCCACAUCUGCUCCUUAAAGCAGCUGCUGCGCGUAAAGCUGCGUUUCCACGUUAGCAGCAGAGGACCCACGUCAUUCUGUGAGACAACUCCCCCUUUUUUUCCUCCCCUGCCCCUGGCUGGAGCUCAACAUCCACAGUUUCUGGAACAACUGGAUAAAAAAGAGUUUGGAGCAGGAGUGUUAACAUGAUGACCGGGUUCAGGCUCAACUUGUCGCCGCUGAAGGAGCCGCUGGGCUUUGUUAAACUGGUUGAGUGGCUCACGGCCAUAUUUGCUUUUGGAAGCUGCGGCGGCUUCUCUGGGAAGAACAUCGUGUCUUUAUUCUGCGGCGACGGCAGCAACGAAACGCUCACUGCCAACUUCCACUACCCAUUUAGGUUAAGCCAGUUCCCGCUCAUCGAGGGAAACGACACUAUUUGCAACCGCUCCGUCACGACAACGCACUUGGUAGGAGACUCUGCGUCUUCGUCCGAGUUCUUCGUGGGCAUCGCUGUCGUCUGUUUCCUGUACAGCAUGGUGGCUCUGCUGGUUUAUUUAGGCUACAUGCACGUCUACAAGGACUCUGACUUUGGACCCAUUUUCGACUUUGUUGUCACGGCGAUCCUCGUCUUCCUGUGGUUGGUGUGUUCCUCCGCCUGGGCGAAGGGCCUGCAGAACGUGAAGGACGCCACGGACACUGACGGCAUCAGUGCCACGCUGGCGCUCUGCAAGGGCAGCAACAUCACCUGCGAGGUCACAGAGUUCGCCAACAUGCGAACCCUCAACAUCUCUGUGGUGUUCGGUUACCUCAACAUGUUCGUGUGGGCAGGAAACGCCUGGUUCGUGUACAAGGAGACUCGUUGGCACUCUCAGAAAUUCUCUUCCCAAUCUGGACCAGGGAGGCAACAGGUCCCUGCACCCAUCUAACACACAGUAUACGUACAGCGACACAAGACACUCGAAGACACAAUAAUUGGCACGCACACACCACUCCCACACAUUCAAAUAUACAUGCACAAUACAUGCAUGGAGAAAUGUGCACGUAGACAUAAAUACACUUAGACACAUGCAUACAAUUUUCUUUUAAGGUCAUAAAGACAGACACAUGAUUUUGUAGGUAGUAAACAAACUGGUAUUUUGUAAUACAAAAUGACUAUAUGUCCCAUAAUCCUUUUCACAUUCAUUGCAUACUAGAACUGAAUGUACAAGAGAUGAACAUUUCCCUCAAAUAUUUCUCUGGGGUCUAAGUGACUGUGCAGCACAAAGAUGUCCUCAGGUUAAAAGGUGCUACAUGUACGUAUUUAAUUUAGAACAUUUAGAAAAACUCAUUUGGAAGAAAUAAUAGUUUUGAUGUUGCGUCAAAGACGUCUUAACGUAUUUGAGGGAUGUCCACUCGUUAGCAUGCUAACUAGCCAGUCACAGCAAGAUAGGAAAUGUUGAAGCGUCGUACCAGAGGUUUAAAAUCAUCGUAAUGUAGGGGAAAAUUAAAAAAAAAAAACCAUUUGCCUAAGUUUAGAAGAACGAGGAUUUGUCCCUGCCCACAAAUCUCGCCAGGUGAAAAAAAACAAACAUGCUGUCGUGAGUAAAAACUUUAAAACUACAGCUCUCAAUCACUGUCUGUGUCUCCUACAUCCUCCGUGCCCACUGUGAUUGGCUGGACAGACGUCACGUGAGAAGAAAUGCGUUAAAAAACGAACCCAUAGUCCAUAUUCACGUAGAUCGUCAUCACAAUCAGUUAGUAAACACAGACAUAGGAUCCAUACUGAUUACUUACUGAUGCAUUAUUGGCAUUAUUGAUCGUACAUCCUACAGAGGGGACAAAUUAUUGUACAUAUACAAUAAUUAUCAAACAUGAGGCAACGCUGAGCCCCAGUCCAUCGUGUCUCAUAAAAAACCUUUUUGUCUCAGGAGGCAAUAGAGAGUCAAAGUCCGUCCUCAGUCCAACAGUAGAGGAUGAAGCGUAGUGCCACCCAAUUUAAGUUAUUGGCAAAUCAAGGAAUUAAGUUUGGUGCUGAUCUCGACUGUUUAGUGAAUAGCUAUAAAGCGAUAGUUAACAUACAGCACCUUUAAUGUCCUCACAUGUGCCUUUAGUUUUUACCACAAGCUAUAGCAAUAUUAAUGCAAAUAGUGAGAAACGUGCCUUCUUCCAACUAUUCCGAGGCGGUUUCUUAUGCUUUAGGAAGUGAUAUGUGCACAAUGACCACAUGUAGUAAAUCUAUAAGACGUGAUCUAUAGCAGCGUUGUUGCUUGUCUGUAUGAAGUGAGGGUUUCUUACUUCUCUGGGUAUUAUACUUGACUACAUGCUGAUUUAUGAAAGGUACUUUAGAGUCAUGUCGUCGCCACAAUAAGGACAACGUGAUGAAGGUUUUCAGGGGAACACAGAGGCUGGUAAUAUUACAAUUCUUUUAACCGUUCAACCAUUUCAGAUAAUUACAAAUUUAAACAGUAUUUCAAAAAUUAAUGGCUGUGAAAUUUAGUCAUACAUUUGCCUUGGUGUUAAAUCCUGUUUUUUGCACUUGUUGUAUAUUUUUAGAUACCAAAGCACUUGUGUAUGCAGAGAGUGACUCACUCGUGUUCAUUUAUUCUUUGCUUUUCUUUCAUUGGAGUCCUGUUUGCCACAGCGCAGGUCAAGAAAGACCAAACUAGGAUUAUUCAAUUUCAAAACUAAUGGACGGAAGUCGUCUUUUCUUGUAUUACAUUGAAGAGGUGAAUCUCUAAAAGCUGUUAUUCCGAAAUACUUUUCUUUUUUCGACUAAAUCAAUGCAUUCAAGCUGACACGUUACAUUUUUAAGCUUUAAGAUGCAUAAAUUGGCCUCUAAUCCAGAUAUUAUGGAGGUUAUUUGUACAUUUAGUGUUAGAUUUUCUUUUCCCAACAUGCUUAAUGCACUCGAAUGGUGUUUAAUAUGCUUUUACAUCCUGUCCUUCGAAGCACAGUGAGAGUGUUAAGUCAUAAAGAAUACUUGACUGAGAGUUAUUUAGUUCACAUUUCACUGUGUAUGUGUGCAAAGUUUGAAAUCUUUCAAUGCCUAUGAUGGCUUUGUUGUAUUUAGCGUGCACCUCAAUGUUGUUUGCCAUCCGCCAAUAAAACCAACAAAGAAGAAAGAUAAAGAAAGAUCUUUUCAAAUGUUUCUUUGUUCAUUUGUUAUUUCGUAUCUUUCUUAUUUCUAGUUUCUUUGAAUGGAGACACGAACAGUGAGAUAUGUUUUUUUGUUUUUUACACCUUGUUUCAUUUUUCAUAUUCAGUGUGCGUAGAUGGUUAGAAUGAGUCUACUAUAUUUUAUUUUUUAUCUGUUUCCUGUGAAGUGAAACUGUUACGUUGGACGGUGUCGCUGAUUCUCUGAAUGACAAACGGAAAUGUAACAGUGUGUAACUCUGUGUGUGUGUGUGUGUGUGUGUGUGUGGUGUACUGGUUAUGCUGCUGCACUCUUGUAAUCAUCACUCAACACGCUCGUAGCUUUGUCAAUGAUUCCAAUGAAUUUAAAGGAGACCUAUUAUUCUCGUUAUCCUCACAAACUGGUUCCUACAGGAGACUUUGGCUUGGUUGACUGUGGAGUGUUUUGAUUUAACGACAGCACCAAAAAACAAACCUUAACUCUCAUUACAAACGCUGCUCGCUCCUCCUCCCUCUCUUGUUACCUAGACGUGGGUCGGAAGCAUUAGAAAAGUUUUAACCACUCUCUGUGUUUACUGUGGGAGAAAAGAGCUCCCUCUGCUGCGGACUUUGGGAUUUGGAGCCAUGCACACUUUAUACAUUCACAAAAAACAUGGGCAACCCACUGGAGGACUGAGAAAAACAUAAUAAGUCUCCUUUAAACUGUCUCAUCCAAGAGACACACACUCUGUGACAUGUCGAAUUUCAAU